AUGUCUGCGCUCGUCGCGGCGGACAGGAUAUUUCACUUCUACGUGGCGCUGUACUGGCGCUGGGUGAGCCGCGUGGACCCGAAGUCCAAGUGGAGGUUCGAGCCGCUCCCCGAGCCCGGGUCCAUCUCGGCCGAGAACGUCAAGGACUUUCCCAACGUCGUCGUGCAGCUCCCCAUGUUUAACGAGAAGGAGGUGUGCCAGGCGGUCAUCGACGCCGCGUGUCAGCUGGACUGGCCAAAGUCCAGAAUGAUGGUGCAGGUGCUGGACGAUAGCACCUGCGCCGAGACGAGGCGGCGGAUCGAGGACAAGGUUUUCGAGCACCGGGAGCGGGGCGUGAACGUGCAGCACCGAACCAGGACCAACCGCGGAGGGUACAAGGCGGGGGCCAUGAACGACGCGAUGUGUGACAUUGAGCAGUUCGACCACUGCGCCGUGUUCGACGCGGACUUUGAUCCGGCGCCAGAUUUUCUCAGGAGAACCGUCCCUUAUCUCACUCACAAUCCGAAGGUUGGUUUCGUACAGGCGCGAUGGGUGUAUUCCAAUGGAACCGAGAGCCUGUUGACACGCGUGCAGGAGAUAUCCCUAAACUACCACAUCCGGUGCGAGCAGUACGCGAGGCACGCGGCGAGUCUCUUCUUCAACUUCAAUGGCACCGCGGGGGUGUGGCGGCGCAAGUGCAUCGUGGACUCGGGCGGUUGGAACUGCCGAACCACGGUCGAGGACAUGGACCUCUCCCUUCGGGCGUAUCUGCGCGGGUGGCGGUUCGUAUUCUUGGACGAUGUCACAUGUCUCAACGAGAUACCCGCGCAGUACGGCGCCUACCGCAAGCAGCAGCAUAGGUGGUCGUGCGGUCCGAUGCAGCUGUGGCGUCAAGCUAUCGUGGACGUAUGGAACGCCAAGGAUAUUCCCCUCGCAAAGAAGCUGUACCUCAACGUAUUCUUCUUCGGUACCAGGAUGUUUGCCACGCACCUCGUGUCAUUCUUCCUGUACGGCUGCCUCAUACCCAUCUGCGCCACAGCACCGGAGGUGGCCAUCCCGUUCUGGGCCCUCGUGUACAUGCCCCUUCUGAUCACUCUGAGCACGGUGUGGUUCACGCCCGGCGGGUGGGUUUACUUCGUGCCCUACGUCCUGUACGAGAACGCGAUGACGAUUGUGAAGACCACCGCGAUGUGUGCGGGGCUGUUGCAGUGGUCCAACGCGCACGAGUGGGUGGUGACCGCCAAGCUGGGUAAGUUUGUGGACAAGGUUGCGCACAGCAAGGUUGGACAGAUUGUGAAAACCGCAGUGGCAAAGCGGGUGAAGAAACGAAACAUGUACGGCAAGGAGCUUGUCAUGGGUAUCUUCUUCCUGACCUGCGCCGCUUACGGUUCGGUGGUGAAUGACAUGUGGCAAUACGGCGUGUUCCUGUGCAUGCAGGGGUGCGUGUUUAUCGCAUUCGGGUUGGACUAUGUCGACUCUGCUUGA